AUGUCUAGAGAGUCGAUUUUACUAAAGAACGAUAUGAUGCAAAUGGUGGGAGGCUGCAGCAGGGCUAUAGAUGUCUGGUUUGCUGGUGGCUGUCCUUAUUUAAGAAUGUUUAAGAAAGAUAGCCAUAUAAAAAAGAGAUGGGAAACUUCUGAUGAUGAUGAAAAGUUCUGCAUGGGCUUGUUAGCUUUUGCCAACAAUUGUAACACCUCGAUACUAUCUGGCAUUAACAAGUAUGAAGAGGCAAGCCAAGUUGCUAAUGAUCCAGUUGAGAGUGUAAGAACAGUUGCUUCUUUUUGUGCCGAGGAGAAGUGGGGCAGGUUUAGUGUCAUUUGCUUUGCUAUUUUUUGUCUAUGCCAUCAGUUUCUAUGCAGAAGCUUAACUCGCAGGGAAUGGAAAAACUACCUUUACCAAGGUCUUUCGCCGAUAGGAAUACCACAAUCUAGCUCCUUUGCUCCUGAUAGUAGUAAAGCCAAGAGUGUUGCUGCCUCAGUAUUUUCAAUCCUUGAUCGUAAGUCUAAGAUAGACCCAAGUGAUGAAUCUGGGAUGAUCUUGGAUAAAGGUGAAAUUAAGCUUCGGCAUCUGAGGUUUUCAUAUCCAACUAGACCUGAUAUUCAGAUUUUUCGAGAUCUAAGAUUGAGCUUCGUCGAACAGCAGCUAGACGAAUCAACUCAACAAGCGCUUCAUCCAAAACAUCCAGUGCACCGGAACUGUGUAGAUUACGGUAAACAAGGGCAAUCUUGUUUUCUGCAACAUAAACCAAAUCCCAUUGAGAGAAUUUAGCAGCAAGUUGGAUUGCAUCAAUUGCCAAAACGGGUGAGUCCAAGGAAGACAACAACAAGUUGGAUUACUUCAAUUGCCAAAACUGGUGAGUCCAAGGAAGACAAUGAUCACUCUUGA